AUCAAGAGGUCACUUGCAAAAAAAAAAUUAAAAAUAGACGACCGUAACUUUAUUCGGUGACGCCGGUGCACCAAAAGACAAUGGAAGAUUUACCUGUCGCACCCAAGACGAAAUGUCCCAUCAUAUUUACGUGAAAGAGUAGACUACAUGCAAUCAUGUCACCGAAGAAAAAAGCAAAAUGGUCAGUUGCAACUGCAAGUAACCAGUGCAUGAAAUAUACCACUGUUUUAUUAGGGAUAAUCAGUAUCUGCUUCGUGUUUGUACUGUAUCAUCAAGGUACCACCCACAAGAAACACUCCACCAUCAUGGUCGCCGUCAUGAGGGGUCAAAGUUCAAAAACUAGGGCUACCCAGGAUAUCCGACCAGCUCCAUCGGACAAUCUUACAACUGCUCAAACCGUUGCGAACAACUCAACUGCUCGAAUUGUUGCAAACAGUGCAACUGCUCGAAUUGUUGCAAACAGGGCAACUGCUCGAAUUGUAGCAAAGAACAACUCCAUUUCCUUGGUGACGACAAGGAAGUAUCCACAGAUUGAUUUGGAAAAGGAAAUUCCACCACUUGAUGAGAUUUUCAAGAGGACAGUAAUUGUGACGGCCAUCUCUUCAAACCAUUACAAGGAGGGAAAGGUGAUGAUCAGCACCGCACAGAACGUCAUGCCAAACACGAGGAUUGUUGUCUGCGAUUUGGGGCUGAUUCCCAGCGAAAUUCGAGAACUGUCGACUUUCUGCAAUGUAGAAGUGCGAAGUUUUAAAUUCUCCAAGUAUCCUCCUCACGUAAAAGAUCUUCUUAACUACGCUUGGAAACCAGCCCUCAUAAAGGAACUACUGUACGAAUUCGGCGCCGUCUUUUGGGCGGACUCUUCGGUGCGUUUCAGGAGGAGCAUCUUGCUCCUAACGGACCAUCUUAAGACAUUCCACGGCUUCAUACCACAAGUGGCAAAUUACGACAGCAGCGGGACAUUUUCAGUGGUUGAUUUGACCCACCCGGCCAUGUUUGACUAUUUAAAGGUUGACAUAGAUACAUUCAGGAAGGAUACUGGGUUCACUCCAAAACCCCGCGGCGGCAUUCUGUACUUUGUUAACAGCUCCUACAUCAAUGAGAAACUACUGCAACCGUGGGUAGACUGUUCGAUGGUGAUAGAGUGCAUAGCACCACAUGGGAGUCAGAACCCACACAAAAAGAAAAUGAAGGGAUAUUACGUGCAUCGCUACGACCAAUCAGCUCUCGCAAUUUUGAUGUACAAAAAUUUGAGAGGUUUAUACCAUAUUGGCCAUGAUGCGACCAAAACCUUCAAGUCUGUUAUGAGAGUUGAAAACAGUGGGCAUUCUUAUAUAACAAAUAAAGUCAAGAUUUGUAAAAAAAAGAUUUUAACUUAAAAACCCCCAAUUCUUAACAUAAAUAAUUAUGUUACUUUUAUAGAUUAUUGUUGAAAGAACCUCUGGUAUUAUUCUUCCUGAUCUUUUUCAAACUCUUUUCUGUAAGUGUUUUAAGUUGUAUGUUCUGUGCUGACGUUCACCCAGGCCCACAGUGUUUUAUAGGGUGCGUUCGUUUAGCUUCCCUGGGUCGACCCCGGUCUGUGGCGUUUUUUUUUUCAGAACGA